CAACUCCUGCAGUUUAUAUCAACUUCUCGUACUAGUCAAUGGUCCAAGUUAUCUAAAAAUCCUCUUUGGCGACAAUUUCAAUCUUCUAAUGACGAACUCUCAUCUAAAGAAUUUACUCCCGUAAAACAAACAUAUCGACAACAAAACCUUUGA